GGGAGGUGGGUGUUGUUGUCGCAGGAGGCUGUGGUUUUGAGGCGCCAUUUUGGGUGUAGAACGGGGUGAGGAGAAGAAAGAACACGGCGCUGUAUUGCGCGCUGAAGGCUAGCGUAGCCCCCUGCACGGUCCGCAGGACUCCCUGCUAGACGGCUGCUUUCCCCCGUUGGUGCUUGGGACGGGUUGCUCCCCGACGGGAAUUGCUUCGCCACGGCAGGAGAGCGGGGCGCCCGGCGGGGCGGGGGGGACACUGUGACAUCCGCCGGCGGCCAACACUCCAAAGAGGCCCACCACCGGGGCAGGCGGCGGAGAAGGAGGAGGUCUGGGAGAAGAAUGGAGGCUGAGAGAGGAGAGCAAGGCAAAGAUGGUGAAGUUAAUGUUUUAGAUGACAUUUUAACUGAAGCUCCCGAUCAAGAUGAUGAACUGUAUAACCCUGAAAGUGAGCAAGAUAUGAAUGAGAAAAAAGGGUCAAAACGAAAAAGUGAUAGAGUUGAAAUGUCUGAACCAAAGAGACAAAAACAGUCUUCUCAUUUGGCAAGGCCUCCACCGCAAAGGGUUUCUGGAAGUGCGAAAAGGGUUGUCAGCUCCAGAGGAAAGCAGGGGUCUGACUACAAGAAUGAUGAUUACCAGAGACACGACAGGAGCAGGCGGCCAGAUCGGCCAGAUGGUGAAAGAAGAAUUCAUUCCUCUAGCAGUGCCCCCAGAGAUGGUUUUAAGGGACCACAAGAUAAAGUGAGCUCCAGGAAAAGAGAAUCCGAGAGAAGACCCAAAUCCAGUACUCCUGAUGUGGCUUCUGAGAAACUGCGGAAUGACUCCAGCCAAAGACCAAGCCGGUCAAGUCGCUCCUCCGAUGGCAACUCUGAAGAUUAUGGGUCAGAAAGGGAUAGUGGCAGUGUUAGCGAAUCAUCUGAUGAAGAACAGGCAAACAAUAGUGAGAAUGAAGAAGGCAUGGAGGAAGAUGAGGGAGAAGAAGCAGAAGAUGAAGAGGGUGAGGAGGAAGAAGAGGAAGAGUAUGACCACGAGGAGCGUGAGCGAGACCAGCGAGAGGGAAAUGAUUAUGAUACCCGUAGUGAAGCGAGUGACUCAGAAUCUGAUUCUGCUUCAUUUUCUGACGGUGACUCCAUUCGUUCUGGAUCUGGCUCAGAUAUUUCAGAUCAGAAAAAGAAGGAAAGGAAAAGGGCUAGAGGUAUUUCUCCAAUUGUGUUUGAUAGAAGUGGAAGUUCUGCAUCAGACUCUUAUGCAGGUUCAGAAAAGAAGCAUGAAAAAUUGUCCUCCUCUGUUCGUGAUGUUCGAAAAGAACGAAUAAAUAAAAUUAGGUAUAUUCUCCAGGAAGCCCGAUUUUUCCUUAUUAAAAGCAACAAUCAUGAGAAUGUUUCAUUGGCUAAAGCUAAGGGUGUUUGGUCAACCUUACCAGUAAAUGAGAAGAAGCUGAAUGCAGCAUUCAGAUCUGCAAGAAGCGUUAUUUUGGUGUUCUCUGUUAGAGAGAGUGGAAAAUUUCAAGGGUUUGCUCGUCUGUCAUCUGAAUCUCUCCAUGGUGGAUCACCAAUACACUGGGUUCUUCCUGCAGGGAUGAAUGCAAAGAUGCUUGGUGGAGUUUUCAAGAUAGACUGGAUCUGCAGGAGAGAACUGCCAUUUACAAAGUCUGUUCACUUGACCAACCCAUGGAAUGAACACAAGCCAGUAAAGAUUGGACGAGAUGGACAAGAAAUUGAACCAGAAUGUGGAAACCAGCUCUGCCUUUUGUUUCCAACGGAUGAAAGCAUUGACUUGUAUCAAGUCAUUCACAAAAUGAGGCACAAGAGAAGAAUGAAUUCUCAGCCCCGAUCACGAGGUCGUCCCUCACGCAGAGAAGCAACACGAGAAGUGGGAAGGCGUCGGCCAGAAGAUUAUGAUAUUCAUAGCAACAGAAAGAAACCAAGAAUUGACUACCCCCAAGAGUUUCACCAGCGACCAGGGUUUGUCAAGGAUCCUCGCUUCCAAGAAGUGGACAGAAGAUUUACAGGCGUUCGCAGAGAUGUGUUUUUAAAUGGAUCGUACAACGACUAUGUGAGAGAGUUCCAUAACAUGGGUCCACCUCCACCAUGGCAGGGAAUGCCUCCAUAUCCUGCAAUGGAACAGCCUCCACAUCAUCCAUAUUAUCAGCAUCAUGCUCCCCCUCCUCAAGCGCAUCCACAGUUCUCAGGUCACCAUCCAGUUCAGCAUGACACACGUUACCGGGAUAAACGGGUUCAUGACUACGAUAUGAGAGUGGAUGACUUCCUUAGACGUACACAAGCUGUCGUCAGCGGGAGAAGAAGCCGCCCUAGAGAGAGGGAGAGAGAGCGUGAAAGAGAGCGACCAAGAGACAACAGGCGUGAUAGAGGUCGUGACCGUGACAGGGAUCGGGACCGGGAAAGAUUACGUGACCGAGACAGAGGAGAUCGAGGGAGAUACAGAAGAUAAAUCAUGGGCCAGCAUUGGUUUAUGUGCACAUGGAUGUUUGCUUUAGAUUCUACUUGUUCUUCAUGUGUUUACAAAAAAGCAACCUUUCUGUUCAUGCAGUCUAUUUAAGAGUUAAAAUUACAUGCUUAUGUUCUGAUCCUCUUGUGCACAUACUGUAAUAACUGGAGAACUGUUAAAAUGGCUGAAAUUGGGCACUUUUGAUACGUUGUAAAUGAGCCUAUGACAUGUAAUUGUUCUAACCAUAUGAAAGAUUACAUUACUUUCUAAUCUAUUUGAUCCCAGGGUUGCUCAAUGGGCAGUAAAAUAUGCACGAAAGUGGGCGCCUAUUCAGUCCCCAGUCUGAAGAGCUGCCAUCAGUGGUUGUUGUUGUUUUUUUUUUUUUUUUUUUUUCCCUUCUCUUUCCCUUCUCUCCUCUACAUGUAGCUACAGUUUAUUCUGUGAAAAAAGAGUGCUGCUAUUGAGUAUGCAAUUUUUUUGAAGGUUAGAAUUUCUGUAUGACCAUGUUGUAAAUGACUUCCUAGUUUCCCACUCCAUCCAACUUGGCAAUGAUGAAAGCAAUAUUUUUGAACAUUUGUGUUUAAAGUAUGUAAAUUCUUCACUUUUUGCUUAGCGCUCCACCUCAGAAGUCUGACUGAGUUUCAGACUCUUAACAGGGAGAGAACAUAACCUUGUGUGCUAGCUAGUAUGACUGUUAGCUUACGUUAUUUUGUAUUAAAUUGAUUAUAUGUAACUUAAUUUGUUUCUGCAGUGGUUUCUUAAGCCAUUUUGAUAGCAACUAUUCAGCUAAUGUUUUCUGCUGCAAUGUAUCUUUUGUGUAGUCUUAUACCAUAAUUUUUUUUAAAUUUUUUUUUUUUUUUUUUUUUUUUUUU